CGGCGGACUGAGUUGAACUAACGGUUGAACAAAUAUUUAUAGUUUCAAAAAAAAAUAAUAUAUUAUAGUUCCAACAAAAAAUGAUGCGUUUUUCGUAAAUAAAAACAAUUGCUGUGUUAUUUUAAAAUGAUUUUUACUGAACAUUUGCCUGGAAAACGUAUUAUUUUAAGCGAAAAUGACUUAAUUUACUCAUAUCACCACGGAAGAAAAAGCAGAGUAUCUAUAAACAAUCCUAAGUCAUUAGGAGCUCACCAUUUUUUUUCUGGUUGUAUCAGAGCAGUGUCUAAAUAUUUCUCUUUAAAAGAAAAGGAACCUCAUAAUUUAAAGAUUACAGUUGAAUUAGAAAACGGAAAAGUUGAGGAGCUGAAUCCUUCAAAGUUGCGUAACCGUCUUCUUAUUGAAAACUUGUUAGUAGAAGUUCCGCGUAAAACAAGUCGUUGCCCAGCUUUAGUAUUUCAAAGUCUUUUUGAUAAAAAUACUUCAGAAAGUGUCUAUGUUCAAUAUUUUGGAACCAAGGAAGUGGAAAAGAUUUCAGCAAGACAACUUUAUCCAUUUAAGAAAAAAGAGUACAAAAGGGAUUCUUUGCCUUUGACUGUUCUAGAAGAUCUAUCAUUAUGGCUAAGAGAAAACAAGAUGCAGCUACUUCUUUUAAAUGGUCCAUAUACACUUUCUCCUUGUCAAUUAUUAGUUUACAGUAAUAAUGGAAUUUCAUACAAUGGCACCCUUACUGAACACAAUUUAUUUGAAAGAAAGUUAAAUGUUUUCCAUAAAGAGACAUUAGAAACUGUUAGUGUUGAUCCCAAAAUUGUGCAUGUCAUUAUAAAAUGUUCAGAUGAACAACUAGAUAUGAUGUUAUUAGGUAAUGCUAUUAGUCAACAUUUCUCACGCCACACUAACAGCAUAAAGGAUUUUUCUUAUAAUUCCAACACAGUUUGUUUAAAUUGGAAUUUUCCUUCGUGGUUGGAAAGCAUAAGUUAUCAGGAGCAAUUUGCUGCUUUGACACAGAGACCUUCUAAAUUCUUUGAAGCAAAACAACCUGGUGUGGCUUCUUCCUUGGAUACAGUCCGUAACAGUAUAAAAAAGUCAAUGUCAAGGUUGAAAAAUUCAAUCGAAAUUAUUGAUUUUGAAUUUAUGCAUGAGACAAUUAGAUUUAAAAAAUUCAUUGAGAUUUUGGAUUUUAAAGAUAUUGGUUGCAGAGAUAUUUUUCAAAACGGAAAUUCCUCACUGAACUCUCUGAAUACUCGAAAAAUAUUUGAUCUAUCCAAUCUAAAAUCAAAGUUAACCAACCAACAACUAAAGUCAACUAUACAAAAAAAUAGAAGUGUUCAAACUCAAAGGGGAGUCGAUCCAUUUGUUAAAUCUGACGUUUUUAAUGAUUUGUUGUCUUGUUAUUCUCAAAUUACUUUUGUGUUGUCUCAGGAGAAAAAUAAGUCAAAUUUUUGCUACCCUGCCCUACUCCGAAUUCCUUUUCUUUCCUCAAAGCAAUAUUUUACAGCAACCCAAAAAAACAAUCUACAAAAAGGUAAAGAGGUAAUGAUACACAACCUAGCUCUUUGUGAUCUAAUAUUAACUUGGGUUGUAAUUUUUGAUGGAAUACAUAUUUUCUUGAAUAGUUACAAAAAUAAACAAAAAAAUGAUCUAAUACUAAAAGAUAAAUCAUCUGAAAAUCAAAGAUCUCUUAAUAGCGAGAGCCAUGGUACAAAAUUAUUAACAACAGUGUUCAACAAGAAGUCAUUUUGCACCACAUCAGUCUUUAACCAGGCAUCAUGUCAAACACCAACAGUUUUUAGUCGACCAUGUUGUUCAACACCAGUGUUGUCAACAAAUGUAAUGAAUUUUAAAUUAUUGCCAAAAAUGGAUCAAGUUUCAAAACCUUUAAUUGAAAAAUCCAAAUUGCCGUCUCAUUUUACUUUAAUGAGAAAUGAUGUUAAGUAUCCCACCCAGUGCCCAGCUUUCAGUAAAAUUAAAACUUCUAACAAAUCAAAUUAUACAAAAAAACUAGAUAAAUUUAAAAAAAAAUGUUAUUUAUCUAAAAUGACUAUUAAAUUUUUGAAAUCUUUGAACAAUACAUCUAUUCAAAAUAGCAGGUUUUUUGAAGAUGCUAGUCUUAGUUAUAAAAUACCAUAUUUUAACUUUAAACCAUGUUGCACAGGGUUGGCAAAACUUGAAAAAAUUUCUGCAAAACAAAUGCGAUCCAGUUAUUCAACUUCAAAAAUAAAAAAACCCAGCGUUAGAAAUACUGCAUUUACAGUAGCAGCAGAGGAUAAGGAGAAAUUUCCAUUAAAAAAUUUAUAUUCUGGAGAUGCUUUAAAUUAUUCCAAAGGUGCUUUAUAUUGUUCUGGAGAUAAUCAUAUUCACCAUAAAAAGUCUUUUAAAGAUACAGUAAUAAAAAGAUGUAGUUCAAAUUAUAUCUUUGAACAACCUGCACCAAAAAAAAUGAAGUUUUCAUCGCCAUUCAUUGAAACACAGGAUGUAAUUCAAACUCUGCAGGGGGAAAGCAAAAAAGAUGUUGAGGUUAAAAGUACAAACUUUCUUCCUUCAUUUUUUCACAAUACAUCUCGGAUUAGAAAAAAAACUAUAGAAAACAUGCGUAACUCAGCGUCUGUAUUUGAACCUAAAUUGCAGCAUAAUUUUUUGCAUAAAAAAGCUAAUAACACAAGACAGUUGCAACAUUGUUCUGAAAUGACUAAUAACACUUAUGUCAAAUAUUGUCCUCAAAUUGAACCAUGUUCUCAAACACUACUUAAUCAGUUAUCAAAAAAUAUUUUAAUUUCCAGUAAAUCUUCAGCUAAAACGGACAAGCCGAAUGUAAAAAAUUUCCAAAAUACGACGCCUAGAUAUCAUGGGACAGUUAUUCAAAAACAUGAAGACAAAGAAAAUUUGAAAAGAGAUUUGAGAAGAAGAGAACAAGAGAGCAAGAAUAUAAAACGUUUGAUAAAAUUUUUUGAUUUUGAUCUCUUUGAUGCCGAUCAAACUCAAAAAAGUAUGCGCAUUAUUGAAAUUACAGACAAUCUUGAUUUGUAUGUUUCCCAAAGUUCUUUAGGUAAUAGAGAUUUGAAGGUUGCAAAAGAGUCUGUCUUUGAAUCAUCAAAAACCAGUCCUUUAAGUUGCGAUAGCAGCUUUUUAAAUAUACCUUUACACCUUUCAUCCAAUUUUGAUGACAAUAAAAUGCAAAUCAAAUUUUAUAACAAUGCAGUUAAGUGUCCUUACAAGGCUCUUAACAAUACCAUGGUAUCCUGUGUUGAUAAUAUAUUCUUUCCUGUUGGCAAAACUUUUUCUCCAAAUGCAAACAGUAAUUUAAAUUUAAAGAAUAAAUUAACUUUAACAUCAUUAUCUUUUCAUGAUGAAGUAGCUACAAAUCAUGAAUUAUUUAAACGUAAUGAAACAAAGUGUUUAAAGUCUUAUAAAUUAUCUACAAAACCUUAUCAAAUACCAUAUCGAUUAUGUCUAGAUCAAGGAAAAAAUAUUUUUAAAUGUUCUUAUUUUAACAAAUGUGCUUUAAAACCUGCUUUACAAUACCUAACUCCAACAAAUUUACAUAAAUCAUUGCUUACGCCUCACAAGAUCAAUAUUAAUAACUUAAUCCCAACAGUUUCACAACAAUCAGUUUGCAAUGUAACUGCUUCAGAAUCUUCAUCUAUUGAUAAAUAUAUUGUUAAUAAGCUAACUCUACAAGUUUUGAAUCAAUCAAUUCACAAUAAAGCUAAUUUAGAGUGUUCAACCUCUGACAAAUGUGUCAUUAAUAAACUAGUGUCAGUUUUACAACAACCAGUUCAUGAUGAAAAUGUUUUAGAGAGUUCAACCUCUGACAUUUAUGCUAUAAAAAACCCAACUCAAAUAGAUUUACAACAAUCAGUUUAUGGUGAAAAUGUUUCAUCAGAACCAUCUACUUUUGGUGAAAUGGCUGUUGCAUCUUUGACUAUUGACAAAAAAAAUAUAGAGAACUUAACGCCAGCAGAUUUUCAACAGUUUGUUUAUGAUGAAAAUGAAAUAAUAUGUUCAAUAUCUAACAAACCUGUUGUCGAUAAAUUUAUUCCAAAAGUUUUAGAACCAUCAGUUUACAAUGUAACUCCUUCAGAAUCUUCAACUUUUGAAAAAAAUAGUUUAACUAUACCAGUUUUACAUCAAUCAAUUCACAAUGAAACUAGGUUAGAGUGUUCAACUACUGUUAAGCCUCCUAUGGAUAAACUGAUGCCAACAAAGUUGUAUCAACCAGUUUAUGGUGAAACCUCUUUAGACUGGUUAACCUCUUUUAAACCUCCUAUGUAUAAAUUAAUGCCAACAAAAUUGCAUCAACCAGUUUAUGGUAAAACUUCUUUAAAGUGGUCAACCUCUGAUAAACCUCCGAUGUAUAAACUGAUGCCAACAAAAUUGCAUCAACCAGUUUAUAAUGAAAUUGUUUUAGAAAGCUUAACUGCAGAUCAAUAUGUUAUAGAAAACUCACCUCAAUUAAAUUUGGAGCAAUCAUUUCAUGAUGAAACUGCUUCAUUAUCUACAUCCUCUGAAAAAGCCAAUAGUAGUAACUUAAUUCCAACAUUUUUAGAAAAAUCAGUUUAUGGUGAAACUGUUUUAGUGUCUCCAACUAUUAACAAAACUAAUAUAGAGAACUUACUUCCAACAACUUUUCAGCAAUCAGUUGAUGACAAAACUUAUCCAGAGAAUUCAAUCUCAGACAAAACUGUUAUUAAUAAUUUAACUCCAAUGUCUUUAGAACAAUCAUUUUUUGGUAAAACCACUUCAUUGCCCUCAACUUUCAACAUAGAAAACUUAGUUCCUACAAUUUUUCAGCCAUCAGUUCAUGAUGAUGCAAAAUUAGAAUGCUCAAUGUUUAAGAAACCUGUUUUUGGUAAACUGAUUCCAGCAGUUUCAGAACAAUUAAUUUACAAUAAAAACAAAACUACUUCAGAACCUUCAAUUUUUGAUAAAACUACUAAUAAUAACAUAACUCUGCAAGUUUUACAAAACUCAGUUCAUGAUGAAACUACUUUAGAGUGUCCAGCCUAUAGUGAAGAGUGUCCAACCUAUAGUGAAGAGUGUGAAGCCUAUAGUGAAGAGUGUGAAGCCUAUAGUGAAGAGUGUGAAGCCUAUAGUGAAGAGUGUGAAGUCUAUAGUGAAGAGUGUGAAGCCUAUAGUGAUAAAUUAAUACCAAACGUUGUAGAUUGCAAUUUACCUUCAAACGUUGUAGAUUACAAUUUAUCUUCAGAUCUUUUAGAUUACAAUUUACCUUCAAUCGUUUUAGAUUACAAUUUACCUUCAAACUCUGACAAAACUUUUAUUGAUAAACAAGCGUCCAGAAUGUUACAAAAAUCAGAUUGUGAUGAGGUUCCUUACCAAGUUGCUAUUGGUAAACAAACUGAUUUAAAACAUUCUGGUCAAAAAAUAAAUUUGUAUUCAGCUAAUUGUGAUUCUAAACCAAGCAAGAUUCUGUUUAAACUAUGCAAGUUUGGUACUAAAAAAAGUGUUUUACCAUCUGAACCAAACAUGUUUUUAUCUUCAUCAAAAAAAACAAAAUCAAUACCUCUUAAUACAAAUUCAUUAAAAAAAUGUUUUAAUCUCAACGAGCCUAAUUUUACUGGGCAUCAUAAAAAUAAACUAAUGAAUGACUUAGAAGAAUCCAUAAUGGAUAAAAAAACACAUAAUGCAAUGUUUAGUGAAAAUGUCCAGCCUAUCCUAAAUAGUGGAAAAAGAAAAUGUACUGAUAAAAAUAAUGAAAAUAAAACUGCAAGCAAAAUGAUGAAACAAAUUUCUACAUUCAAAGAUUCAAUAAAAAUAGAAUCAAAAAGUUCUACAUUUGCUAAUUUGGGAACAGAAAGUUGUAUUGAAUUCAGUCAAACCAAUAAUAAAACAGUAAAGCUUCAAUAUGAAGUUGAUGGGCCUAGCUCUGCUACAACUAGUUCAAUGACCAAUCAAAAAAUGUACAAUAAACUAAAAUGUCCAGAUUCUGAACAAAAAAAAAAAGUCAAACAAUCUAGAAAGAGAUUGUUAGAGAAAGACAGUUCAGAUAAUGCUAAGAAAAUUGUUUCUGAAGUGUCUUGUGUUGAAUCUGGUCGCAGAAGUCAACGCAGCGCUAUAAACAACACAAUUAUGAGAAUCAGAGAAUGUCAGAAAAAUGAUCAAUAUAACGAAGAUGAUAUGCAACAUAAGUUAACAGGUAAAAAUGUUUGUUUAUUAAAUAAUACUGUGCCAGAAAUCCAAUCAUUCAUUUAUAAGAAACCUAGAAGUGAAUCACCUUCCAUCAGUUAUUCAACAGCUGAAAAUCUUUCUCCUCAUUAUCGUGUGCCCAUUAAUUACCACAGUAAGAGUAAGCAGUCUUUUUGUCACAGUCCAUAUCAAAACAAUGUUUCACCUAAUUAUAUUCAAUUAAAGACCAUAAUGCAUGACAAAGUCCAAAGAGGUGAACAGUGCAGUGAUGUAUUUGUAGAAAAAGCUAAUGAAAUCAAAAGAGAUGAAUUGGCUUCCUCUCCACACAGUGUUUCAAUAACUACAGUAACUAAAGAUACAAAAACAUCAAGGUCCAAUAACUCUUCAGCUUGCCAGGUGUAUUUGUUGCCAUCAGCAACCUUGAAGGAUGUUGCAAAAUGUUUAGAAAAUAAAAACAAUUAUAGUAAGAUGUUUGACUUAAUUAAUAUAAUUAGCCCAAAAGAAAAUUUAUACAAAAGUCCUGUUAAAGUAGUUUUAACUGAUUGCAAUAAAUCAUUUCUAAAUUUAAAAGACCAAACUUUUAAAUCGCCACUGGAAAAAGAUAUGACAGAUAAGACAAUAAAAACAGACAACUUUGUUACAAAUCAAAGAAAAAACAGAUUUCGUUUUCCAAAAAAUUUAGAUAAACUAAAUGGAGGUGACUCGUAUCUUCAAGUUAAUUCUUGCAGUUACUAUCCCGAUUUACCUUUUUGCAUUGACUGCCAAUCAGAUGCUGGCAAGUCAUUUUGUCGUUUCAUCAUGUUUAGAAGAUUGGACUCCGGUAAAUCUAAUGGCUUUUGUACACCUGAUGAUGCUGUUGAUAGUGAUCUUUUACAUUGGAUUUUUGACCAAUCGAAAACUAAUCUUGAUGCUAAUCUUUGCAAACAAAUUCUUGAAUAUGUUGGAACGCAGUUUCAAGAAUUAGUACGAGAGGAAGCCUUAGCAAUGAAUUGGGGUGGAAAACCAGGCGCUACAGCCUGGAAGAGGGCAGUGCUUCAAGUGCGUGAGAUGUGUGAUAUUUGUGCGACAACUAUGUUUAAUACGCAUUGGACAUGUGAUAGAUGUGGCUUUGCUGUUUGCUUAGACUGUUUUUUGAGCACACUUAAUUAUGAAAAUAGUAAAGGAAAAUGUAACAGUAAGUGGCCAUUUUGUCAAUACAAUGGUGAAUAUUUGUUUCACAACACUGAAAGUCUUACUGUUACUCAGAUUAUUCCGAGAAAAGUUUUGUUUGAUCUUCGUGAUGAUUUACUCCAAGUAUGCAGGCAAAUUGGAUUGAAGUUUUAUGACUUAGAUCUAUUGGAGUUCUCACAUUCCAAAACUAAUUUAGAUUUAAAACCUUUUGCUGCUGUUCCAAAUAGUACAGAAAUGAAUGAAGUAGAUAAUGAACAACGAUUUCACAACAUUUUUGACAAAUAUAAGAAAAUUGAGUCUGUUUGCAAUGAAUAUGAAAGUGAGUGUAGAUGGUUCUGCAAUAGAAAAAUGUUGCAUAUUCAAACGCCACAUUUUUCUAAAUCCACUAUGUUACUCUUUCAAAAGCAAUGGAAACAGGGAGCUCCUAUUGUUGUGUCAAAUGUUCAUAAAUAUCUCAAUAAAGAGCUUUGGUGUCCUGAAGCUUUCUCUAGAGAUUUUGGACAUGAAUUCAAUGAUGUUGUUAACUGUUUAACUGGAAAAAUAAUUGAAAAUUUUCCUGUCAACCUUUUUUGGCGUGGAUUUGAAAGCGUAUCAGAUCGUCCAAUUUUUGAUGGUUCAACAGCUCUACUUAAGUUAAAGGACUGGCCUUCAGGAGAUGACUUUCAAGACAAAUUACCCGAGAGAUUUCAAGACUUAAUGAAGGCGUUACCAGCUCCUUAUUAUACACAUAGAAAUGGACAACUGAAUCUUGCAGCUCGACUUCCGAAAUUUUUUGCUGUUCCUGAUCUUGGACCAAAAAUGUACAAUGCUUAUGGUUCUGCUUCACAUGCAAGUGCAGGUACUACUAACUUGCAUCUUGACAUAUCAGAUGCUACAAAUGUGAUUGUUUAUGUGGGGAUACCAAAAGAAGAAGAAUAUCGCCAAUCAGAAAUUAAUGAUGCGUUCAAAAUAAUAGAUUCUGCUUGCUGUGAGGCUACCCGGAUUAGAAUCCGUGAUCAGAAUGUUAAACCGGGUGCUCUUUGGCACAUUUUCCCUGCAAAAUCUGCUGAAAAAAUAAGAAUAUUUUUAAGAAGGAUAUCAGUUGAACGUGGUAUUAAAUUGAGUGCAUACUCUGAUCCAAUACAUGAUCAGGCAUUUUACUUGGACAAGCCAUUGCUAGAUCGUUUAAAACAAGAAGAAGGUGUGGUAGGAUUUGCCAUCUGUCAGUGUUUAGGAGAUGCUGUGUUUAUUCCAGCUGGUGCUCCUCACCAGGUACUCAAUCUACACAGCUGCAUUAAAGUUGCAGAAGACUUUGUUGGACCAGAGCACAUGUCUCAUUGUAUCCAGCUAACGCAAGAGUUUCGCCAUCUUUCCGAUUACCAUACAAAUCACGAAGAUAAACUUCAGAUAAAGAAUAUUCUUUUUCACACCGUAAAAGAUUGUUUGGGAGUUGUUAAGAAAAGUUACAAUCUUUAAAUCAUCACCAUCAAGUUCUUUAUGUUUAUUACAGCUAUUUGAAUAUGUACACUGUUAAUGUAUUGCUUGUGUGAGUAGUUGCAUUGCGUUUGUGAAAGAAGAUUGCGAACUUUAAAGGUAUAAACAAUAAAAUAACGAGUGAAUCGCGAUAGAGAAGAUUGCACGAUUUAACGAUAUAAACGACAUUUAAGUGAGUGAAUCGCGUAUUCGCUUUAACGAUAUAAACUUUUCAUCUUUUUUCUGAAGUACAUUAAUGAAAGCAAUAGUCGUAGUUUUUAUAAAAAGCGAAAAACUUUUUAAAUUUUUUUUCAAAUCACUAACAUUAAAUAGGUGUAAUGUGCACAUACACUAAGUCUAGUAUAUAGUAUUAUGUAUUUACGUAUAGCGAAAUGUUAAUAGAAAACUA